AUGGGAUCGUCCUGGUCAUAUGACUGGGAAGGGUACAAAGACCCAGACAUAUUGCCGGACCGGUUCCUUCCGCCACGGUUCGAUCCACUGUAUGGUUUUCCGCAUGGCCGCAAGAAACGAGAGAUGAAAGCGACGGAAGAGGAGAUGGUCCGAUGGCAGUUGAAGUUCAACGAGCGCGACUACUGCGCCCACACCCUGAUCGACUACCGCAAAUGCAUCGCCGAGCAUUUCCCGUUGGCCAACUUUUAUUGCUAUGACAAGAAGGAGGAAAACGAGUUGUGCCAGAUCGAGGAUUUUCAUCUGCGUAUGAAGGAGUACGAGCGCGAGCGACGUCUGUUGAUCCGGGAGAAAAGACUAAAGGAAAAGCUUGCGCGUGAAAAGCAAGAGUUCGAGUAA